AGACAGGCGGGGAAAGGAAAGGAGGAGGGAGCCAACGUUCCCGUGGCGCGCCGCUUUUUGCGCACGGGCGGCCGUCGGUCUUUCCAAGCAGGGAGCUCGACCGAAGCUCCCAAGAAGAAGCUUUUUUGUGUGCCUUCCGAGAAGGGGAGACGAGCUCGGCCGCCGCAGGCUCCCAGCCCCGGAGAGAUCUUUGUUUCCCACCCCCGCCCCCCGGAAAAGGAGUCCAAAGCGGGGCGCGUUUGGAGGCGCCAAGGAGAAGUCAUGAACGGGACUUUGGAGAGCCUGUGCGACCACGUGCUCCACGACGAGGCCGUCUUCAUGUUCACCUCGGAGUCGGUGGGAGAAGGGCACCCCGACAAGAUAUGCGACCAGAUCAGCGAUGCGGUGCUGGACGCCCAUCUGAGCCAAGAUCCAAACGCCAAGGUGGCUUGUGAGACCGUGUGCAAAACAGGAAUGGUGCUACUCUGCGGAGAGAUCACCUCCCGAGCUGUGGUGGAUUACCAGCGGGUUGUACGAGACACGAUUCGCCACAUCGGUUACGAUGAUUCCGCAAAAGGGUUCGACUACAAGACCUGCAAUGUUCUCGUGGCGUUGGAACAACAGUCCCCCGACAUCGCGCAGGGUGUACAUCUGCACAGGGCAGAAGAAGAAGUGGGUGCUGGGGACCAGGGUCUGAUGUUUGGCUACGCGACGGACGAGACGGAGGAAUGCAUGCCGCUGACCAUCGUGCUGGCUCACAAACUGAAUGCCAAACUGGCCGAGCUGAGGCGCAGUGGUGAACUCCCAUGGCUCAGACCUGACUCCAAAACCCAGGUCACAGUCCAGUAUCUCCAGAAAGACGGCACGGUCAUCCCUAUGCGCGUCCAUACCAUUGUGAUCUCUGUGCAGCACGACGAAACAGUCUCCCUGGAGGCCAUGCGCAAGGCCCUGAGGGAGCGGGUCAUCAAGGCUGUGGUUCCGGCCCAAUAUUUGGACGAGGACACCGUUUACCACCUGCAGCCCAGUGGCCGGUUUGUCAUCGGUGGCCCCCAGGGAGACGCUGGCGUUACUGGCCGGAAGAUCAUCGUGGACACUUACGGCGGAUGGGGCGCUCACGGAGGCGGGGCUUUUUCGGGAAAAGACUACACAAAGGUGGAUCGGUCGGCAGCGUACGCGGCCCGCUGGGUGGCCAAGUCCUUGGUGAAAGCCGUGUGUCGCCGGGUUCUAGUCCAAGUGGCCUAUGCCAUCGGCGUGGCUGAGCCGCUCUCCAUCUCACUGUUUACUUACGGCACCUGUGUAAAACCCGAGAAAGAAUUGCUGAAUGUUGUGCACCAGAAUUUUGAUCUUCGACCUGGAGUUAUUGUCAGGGACCUGGAUUUAAAGAUGCCCAUCUACCAGAAAACAGCUUGCUACGGUCACUUUGGGCGGAGCGAGUUCUCUUGGGAGGUUCCUAAGAAACUGGUUUUUUAGCAGUCGCCGGGACACCCCCGUAAGCUUCGCCGGGACAAGGUUCCACUGCAAAAAGGGUGCUUCCACGGACCCAUCUUUCUCGACGGGGAAAACGAACAGGAGACGGAUUUUUUUUUUUUUAACGGAAACCGCCAUCGUUUGUAUUCUCAACAUCUUGGCACAAAAGAGAAGAAGGACGAACGCCGUUUUUCCUCCCCCCCCCCCUUCCACACACACUGCUGCUAUUUGUUUUUGGUCCACUUGGCAAGAAAACGUAAUCCUCAGACGCACACAAAGGAAGCAGUCUUUUGCCUUCAAAACCAGUUCUGCUAGAGUCAAAGGGAUAAGAAAAUUCCCUCUGGUUCAAUAAGCUUUCUCACUGUGACUGGAUAAAUAAGAAAUUCAGGGGUGCUGUUUCUUGACUGGAAUCGGUACUGGUCUCUUGGUGCAGAGAAGGGGUGUCGGCCUCUCCCUGUUGCCAUCAUUUUGUCAUGUUUUUAAGCUUCUCUCCUGAAUGUCCGUUAUUCUAAAGCCUCGGGGGAGACCCAAGUCUUGUGACAAAAUGCAACCCAUGAGGUAUAUGUCUGGUGCCUUCUACCCUCCCCGCUUACAUACCGGUAAAGUUGCCAGAGCCCAUGCUAGACAGGUCUGUCUUCUGCACAAAAGGCAAAAACCCCAUUGUCGAGAAGUCACACACCAUUGGCUGAGCUGCUGUGAUGUCAUGAACCUUCUGUGACAUUCUAACGGUUUUAAGGGGGAAAGAGUCAGCGUUUCUGGGACAUUCUCAGAGGACAAUUGAAAGGGUCAGUUUCGAAGGAAGGAAGGAAGGAAGGAAGGAAAGAAAGAAAAGGAAGGAAGGAAGGGGGAGAGAGAGGUGGAAAAAAAGCAGCUUUAACUUUAAAUGUAUUAUCCAAGCUGACCAACAGGGUGGUAAGGGCUUUGAGAGCCACACAGUAUGAAUGAAAGAGUCACACGUUGCUCUCAAGGCACAGUUUAAAAUGCCAAGCAGGACGCUUAAAAUGGGAAAUGGAUAGGAUUCGUGGGAAAGAAAAAGGGACAAGGAAUUGACAAAAUCCCAGGCCGAUAAAGGAAUCUAAAGGGAAACAUAAACAUAUCUAGAACCGGAUUUGAUUCCCCAUUCCUCAGCUUGCACCUUCUGGAAUGGCCUUGGGUCGGCCUUAGCUCUUGCAGAGCUGUCCUUGAAAGGGCAGCUGCUGCAAGAGCUCUCAGCCUCACCCACAAGGGAAACCAACAGAUUUCCGUUGUGGGGGAAGAAGAUAAAGGAGAUUGUGAGUCCUCUGAGACUGAUUCAGAGAGAAGGGUGGGGUAAAAAUCUACGGUCUUCUAUAUGAACACAUAAAGCUGUCUUCUACUCACUCAGACUAUUGGCCCAACAAGUUAGUCUCAUCCACUUAAGAGUGGGGGGCAGUUCUUCAGGGGUCUCUCGCACACGGCUCUUCGGCGUCACCGCUGCUGCCGGGAAUUGAACCUGGGACCUGCACACCAAGCAGACAUUCUCCCAGUGACCCACAGCUCCUCCACUAAAAUGAACCCUGAAUCAGACCCUUGGUCCGACAAGGUCUGUAUUGUGUACUCAGGCAGCGGUUCUCCAGGGUCUCAGGCCUCUGGGGUCUUUUACAUCACCUGCUACCUGGUCCUUUUAAACUGGAGAUGCCGGGGAUUGAACCUGGGACCUUCUGGGUGCCAAGCAGAUGGCCUACCACUGAGCCAUGGCCCUUCUCUCAAAAUAUGAUCCCCACAGCUUACACAGCAAGCAGGGUAUGAACCUGCACAGGGAGACCUCAUUAGAUUUCAGCAGGGCUUUUCUUUGUAGCAGGAACUCCUUUGCAUAUUAGGCCACACACCCCUGAUGUGGACAUUUUUUUAUUCUGUGGCCUCCCUGCUGCAGGGGCCCCGAUGAAAUAACUCUUGUCGAGCCAUUCAUCUUAUGCCAGCUGCGGGAUGUAUGGAAGGAGUGGAGGCAACUGAUACCACCAACUGCAGGAUUAGAAGAAGAAGAAGAAGAAUUGCAGAUUUAUACCCGGCCCUUCUCUCUGAAUCAGACUUAGAGCGGCUUACAAUCUCCCAUGUCUUCACCCCCUGCAACAGACACCCUGUGAGAUGGGUGGGGCUGAGAGGGCUCUCCCAGAAGCUGCCUUUUCAAGGGCAACCUCUGCCAGAACUAUGGAUGACCCAAGGCCAUUCCAGCAGGUGCAAGUGGAGGAGUGGGGAAUCAAACCCGGUUCUCCCAGACAAGAGUCCGCACACUUAACCACUGCACCAAACUGGCUCUUCGAGUUCAUUUUUAGAUCGUUAUAUAGUUGUAUUUUAUGAAUCUGAUUUUAACCUGGUAUUAUUGACGUUACCUGCUCAGAGCCCAUUCGGAAAAGGGCAGGCUAUAAAUUGAAUAUAAAAAUUACGAUAAUAAAUAAUAAUGUAGCCAAUCCUCCAAGAGCUUACAGCAGGCCCUGUAAGUAGAGCCCUGUAUGCUCUUGGAGGAUUGGCUACAUCAGGGGUGUGUGGCCUAAUGUGCAAAGGAGUUCCUGCUACAACAAAACCCCCCAGAUUUCAGGUUCAACCCCUCAAGUGCUUGGCCAUUGCUGCUACACAGUUUGAGAGGGAACACCUCUAGACUGGAAGGAUUUGGGAUGGUGAGGUGGUUUAGACAGUGGGAUGACAGUGAGUCAGGGAGAAGAUGAUACUGGAUUUAUAUCCCGCCCUCCACUUUGAAUCUCAGAUACUCAGAGCGGCUCGCAAUCUCUUUAUCUUCCUCCCCCACAGCAGACACCCUGUGAGGUAGGAGGGGCUGAGAGAGCUCUUACAGCAGCUGCCCUUUCAAGGACAACUCCUACGAGAGCUAUGGCUGACCCAAGGCCAUUCCAGCAGCUGCAAGUGGAGGAGCGGGGACUCAAACCCAGUUCUCUCAGAUAAGAAUCGGCACACUUAACCACUACACCAAACUGGCUCUCGAGUAAGAGGGUAGAGAGACGGGAGGGGAAAUGUGGCAGGUACGGCCUUGAAUUUCACAUUUGACUUCAAAUUUCCAGCCACAUUUCGGGUUGCAGAUCCGUAGGGAGGGGUUUUUUUGGCCUUUCGUCGGGUUGCUGAGAGGAGUCGGUUCCUCCACGGCAAACAUGUUCAAGGGACAGACCUUGCACCUGGGGAAAAAAAGCUCUCUCGGGCUUAGCUCUUAAAGGAUCACUAGCCCGGUCUGCAAUGGGCUUUGGCACUUCUGCAUUUCAGCACUUCAGAAUCUUCACACAGAGUUUUUGUUUUACUCUGUGGAAUGCCAUGGGAAACAAUGGUACUAUAUAAAUGAUUAAUCAGGACGCCUGGCUGGCACUUAAGCGGUGCCAAAAAAAGCCCGUCUCAGUAUUGGGAAUGCGAUUGGCUAGCCGCGCUGCUCUUCAGACUUGGGAAACGGAAUGCCCAAUCAGUGCCUUUGUACAUGCAACAGAUUUCAGCGGUUCUGCCCGCCCCUUCCCAUGUGCAUUUUCCCGCCUCCUCCCCCUUGUGAUUACAGCGACCUUUGCAUGCCCAAAGAAAUUUCUGUUGACAAAAGCGUUCCUCCCGCUGUUAUUGCAGGCUCGAGAAAUCAUUUCAACUGGAUCUGUCCCCGUAGGCCCCGAAAUGCCGUCUUGUGGCAACAAAACAGGCGCACGGGGUUAAAACCCGAAAUUUCAUCUGAAAAUCUGACGGCAUUCCGGUGUCGCAAGCAAUUUGUUCGUGAAGCAACUGAGCCACAAGUCCUCAUGCUUGGACGUUCCCCCCGCCCCAGCUCUGUUCACGAAGCUGCAAAUGAUGACUUAAUGUGUUUUUUAAGUCUUCAGUUUAACUUCAGUUUGUCGUGACAUUUGAACACAAACCUCUGAACAAAUUAAGGGCAAGUUUUGUUUCCCAGUCACCAGGAUUUUAAAUUUGGACUAAACAGCGGUUUGGAAUCUUUGGUCUGUGGGCGAGAAAAAAAAUAUCAGCUCUUUAAAGAGCUGGUACUGGGGCGUGGCAACAUAUUGGAGUUAGGUUGAAAGUUUUGUAGGGCUCAAAGUCUUCAGCUACAGGUCCACCGAUGAAGGGAAGGAAACCUGCAGGCAUGAAUCCCUGAAGCUCAUUUACAUCACAGACAAACCACGGUUUGUGUAAGAACUCUGAAUUGUGGGUUGGAUCCCGUGGCAGAUUACCAAGCGCACGACGUUCCCUGCGCAAGCGCAAAAAAUAUAUAUAUAUAUAUAUAUAUUCCUUGCUGUCUGCACUAAGCGAAAGUGAUUGUAUCCCUGCUAGUUUCCCUGUGCGUGUAUAGUUUGUUCUGAUACAAUCUCAAAAACAAAUGGAAUAAAAUCAUGCGAACGA